CGGUCCAUUCCCUUUUGGCCGCUGGGCAAGCUUGCGCCCCGGACGGAGCCGCGAUCCUAAAAGUUAAGAGCCGCGCCGUCCAACCGCGCCCGCAUUAAGUGGGUGGAGGGCGAGCUUUCUUUGGCGACUAGGGCUGGGCUGACCCCGAGGAAAUUUCCUCUCCCUUCCUUCCAGCGGUGCCCGGGAGAAGCAAAAGCGCGAUUUUGAGAAGCCCGAAGAAGGGAAGGGGAAAAGAAAGAAAGAAAGAAAGAAAGAAAGAAAGAAAGAAAGAAAGAAAGAAAGAAAGAAAGAAAGAAAGAAAGAAAGAAAGAAAGGAAGGAAGGAAGGAAGGAAGGAAGGAAGGAAGGAAGGAAGGAAGGAAGGAAGGACCUUUGGCCGUCGUCCAGAAUCUCCAACCGGUCGCCCGCGCGCUCUGCGGAGUUUUCCCCCGCUUGGCAAGGAGGCGCGCGUCCCGAGAGAACCGUGGAGGGUUUCCACGGGCAGCUCCACCUCCGGCUCUUCCGACGGGGCGAGAGAGGCUCUUCUGGGCUGCUUUAGCGGACGUGCUCCAAGGAUCCCCGAGGAACCGACGGGGCGCCCCCCCCCACUGGCUUUUCCACCCCGUUUUGCGUCCUGGCGCCCGCCGGUCUCCUCGAGGCGGCCAGGCGAUGCCUUUUUGGAAGCGCACGGUGGAACCCCGGCGGCUGCUCCCUUCGCCGGCCGCUGCCCCACAUCUGGCCGGGUUGCCGCUGGCCCAGCUGCACGAGGUGUGCGGCUUGACGACGCUGGCCCUGCUCCGCCAGCUGGCCGACCUGUGCGGCCACUCGGCGGCGCUGCUGGGCGAGCUGGAGGGGCGCCUGCUGGAGCUUUCCAGACGCGCCCACCGCCUGCGGGGGCGCCUCCGCCGGGUGCGUGGUCUGCUCCGCCCGGGGGCUUCUUCGGAGCCAGCUACUUCCAACUUAGACCUAGAUGUGAAGAAGCCUACCCCACCAAAGCUGUUAUGGCAUCAACCCGUCAACAUAUUUUUGGCUCGACCGGUUGGUGUGGAGGACUUACACCAUGAAGCUGAGCUCAAUCUCCAAAGUUUGCUGCAAGAAGAGUACGAGGAGCCAUAUUCGGACGCCAAGAUCAGUGGCCAAACUUUCCGCUAUGCCAGCUCCCCUUCGGUGGACAGGCAUCUGGAGUGCAGUCCUCACCCUGCCCCCAACAAACGCAUGGAGUUCAUCUACAUGCCUGCAAGCCAGCAAGUGAAGGAGCAUGAAACCACAUCCUUGGGGGUAAGAGUGCUGGAGCCUUCGCUUAGCUUGCCUGCUACCCCAGACAAACACACAGUCUGGACCCAGGGAUCCCCACUGCCCGCUCUGGAGGAAAAGAGAUUACAACAGCCCUGUUCCACCCAAGCCAACAUCGUCCCCAUCAACGUCUCAGGGCAGCCAUUCGCUCGACACGCCAGUGCACGACACUCCCUGUUCAAUACCGAGACGGCCAUGAAUCCCAAGUCUUUGCUACGCCGAAGACGGACCGUGAUUGGUUUUCCCCACCUCUCUCUCCGUGAUCCAGGAAGUAGCAAUGGGCCCAUCCUCAACCCACCAGCCACCAUAGCUGAGUCCAUCUCUUGCAAUUUUGUCCCUGAUGUGGUCAACGGGAGGAGCUCCACUCGCCAAGCCCGUUCUCCUCAUUCCCGGCCACAGCUGAGAAAGACCUUCAGUGAUCUUGGGGGGGUCCUACAGGGACGCGGUUGCCAAAUCCAAGCAGGCCGUGCUGAGAACUCCAAGGUGAUGUACGCCAGUCCAUUGUGCAAUGGCCCCAAAGAAGACUCCGUCUUCUCUCCUGGUUGCGGCACAUCCUCCUUCUGCUACACCAACUCUUCUGUGAGCCAAAACGAGGUGGCAGCAGAGAGUGCAUCUCAGAUGUCUCCUUGCACACCCAGGGAUACGCCAGAGGCAGAUCAACCCUCUUCCUUCUUCAUUAGCCAAGACAAUAUGGCUGGGACCAACGAGUGUGGGACGUUUUGCGCUUCUCCAGAGUCCCCCUUAGAGGCUGAAGGAAGCUUGCGGUGUGGAAGAAGAGAUCUCAAAGUCCCCACGGCCCUUGUCCACUCAAGCGAAGAGGAAUCUUCCCAACUGGAGAGGGAGCGAAUCAUGUGCAGAUUCCGUGAGAGGUCGCUCUCCGUCCCUACGGACACCGCCUCCCUAUGCUCGGUGGACAUUGGGGGCAGUGAGACCUGUGGCCUUAGCUAUCCCAGCGCUAGCUCGGAAGGGAGCACGAGCACAGAUAACAUCUCCCUGGCUGUGGAUCAGGAGGCCCGAAAACAGCGCCGGCAACGAACCAAGAGCAUCUCCCUCAAGAAGGCCAAGAAGAAGCCUUGUCCGCCCACCCGCAGCGUCUCUUUGAUCAAGGAAGGCGAAGCAGAAGAGAGCGGUGAGGUGCUUUCCCAGGACCAGAGGCCCAAAAGUCUUUAUUUGCUGCCUGAUGCACAGGUCCACAACAAAAUCCAAGGUGAUCCAGCGAGAGAAUUGGAGAGCAGGUCGUAUGUCCAGCAGGGUUUUGUUCCUGAAUGGAAUUCCGGUGAUCCUUAUUGCUCUUUGUCUGGAUCCAGCACUGCUACUGGGACUACUGUAAUUGAACUGUCAAAGGUACGGGGUAGUUCUGAGUCCCUCCCUUCUCCUUCCGUCUCUCGGGCCACCACCCCAUCUCACCUCUGUGCCGACAUGAGUUUGAAAACCUCUUCCCCGGGGAGGUUGACAGGGGUAAUGUCUCCUUCCAGCGGCUACUCCAGUCAAUCCGAAACACCAACCCCAACGGUUCCAACCUCCAUGGUUCUGGGUCAUGUUCCUCACCAGAGCGGGCGGCCAAGGCCCCUUGUGCCAGAGAGGAAGUCCUCCUUACCCCCGGUUUCUCCGAUGGAACGAAGCCCCAGGUCUCGCCUCUCAUUCGACCUGCCAUUUGCCCCGCCGACACAUCUGGACCUCUCAGGCUUGAAGAUCUCGCACAAGAGCAAAGCCAAAGUAAGCCGACACCACUCGGAGUCGACCUUUGGAGCCAAGUUGGGCCCCAAGCUGAGCCCGGUACAGCCAGUUAUGCCGAUGGUGACCCAGUUAGACCUGCGUUCGGUCCGUUUGCGGUCUAUCAGCCGAUCGGAGACCGAGGAUAACCUGGACAGUCCCGAGCUACUUGAGGAACCUGGCAAGAAGAUCCGGCCCCCGGUGGCAGAAAAGCCACCCCUGUCCCGAAGGCCACCAAUGCUGUUGCAUAAAACGCCACCAGUCCAGGAGGAGUCCCCGGUGAGCUCUCCGACUUCUCCAGCGACACCCCAGGAGUUGGUCCCUGCAGAGAACAUUUAUAUGAUGGCCAGGAGGCCAGAUCACUUGUGGGAUGCCAGCACAUGGAGCCCCACACAAUCCCCUUCUGCUGAGGGGGCAGCGUCUCCUACACAAGGCACCCCAGGGACGUUCUUCUCCGCUUCACGGAGGCUCUCGGAGGAUAGCCUGGAGGAGGAUGAGCAGACGAAGGCCAAGGUUUUCGAUGAGGCGUUGUUUGGUGGAGAGAGCCGUAAAACGAAAGUCCCGCCUCCUGUCCCAAAGAAGCCUAGUGUGCUUUACUUGCCAUUGGUGACUUCCCCACUCCAUCCAGGGCCUUGCCCUGGGGAUCAGAGGUUACCUCCUAGCCCAGUCAUCAUGCUAGAUGAGGAUUCUGCCUACUCAGAACUGACCACUUACAAAGUGCCGUCCCCAGUUGCCAAUGAGGUGAAUGUAAGUCCAAUUCCUGCAGACCUAUCAUGGGGAGACAUUCCAGGGAAUUCUGUGGGUUUGAGGACCAAGGAGAAACGCUUCGUAAAUGACAAAACAGCCGAGUCCAUAACCGAGGAAGAUGACGAUGUCUUUGUAACAACCCGAACCACAGAAGAUUUAUUCACUGUCAUUCACAGGCCAACCAUGGAUAAAUCCAAGAAAAGAAAAGUUUCAGAAGAAAACAGAACGUUUAAUUCAACUACAUAUGCUAGUUUUGUGGCCGCUCAAGAAAGAGUCAGAUCCAAGCGGAAGUUACUGGGCUGGAAGGAACCCAGUGACUCCUUUACCAACCGACCAAAUUCCCAGAUGCCCACCAAGAACAUCGCAGGGCUGGUGAUCCACGAAUGCCCUUCCAGCACAAGCAGAACCUCGAGCAAAAACGAGGACUUCAAGGCUCUCCUUCAGAAGAAAGGCGGCAAAGGGGCCUCGGGCAUCCGAACAUCUGCAGCUGAACUUCUCAAGACCACCAAUCCCUUGGCUCGGAGGGUCAUGACUGAGUUUGCCGUGGAUGGGACAAUCCCAAGCUCCAAAAUUCAGCCCUGAGUUUCUUUCAAGAACUCCUCUUUGCAGUAUAUGCCCCUUUAUCCUUCUGAUCCUCUUCCAAGUUGACCUUAGGAGUGAGUCUGUUUCCCCCUUGAAGCUUCAGCAUCUGGGUUGAAUUGUUUCCCUGCAGCCAAAACUUUUUCCGGGUUUUUACUGGGUGGAAUGGGACUUUUAGUCUCCUACCCUUGGCCACGCCUCCUUCCCCCCCAGCGUUAUUACUCAGGUGAUUCUCUUUGGAUGUUUCUCCUCGGAUGACACAACCCUAGCUGUUCACCCUGGCCAAUUUGCCACGGCCGCCUGGGACAGUUAGCCGCCAGCAGCUAUCAGCUAAACUUGUAUAAGCUUGUUAGGAAAAGGAACGGGAGGGGGUGUAAAGUAGCAAAGAACAGGUUCUUGUUUCCCUUCCCUUUGGAUGAAGCUCGGUACUUACCAUCCCUCCCCCCGCUCUUCCCUUCCUGUACUUUGUUACUUUCUACCCCCUCCCGUUCCUUCCCCUAAUGACGGCUAACUGUCCCGGGUGGCGAAAAACCCAGGAUGAACCCUCCUUCUACGAAUUGGCCACGCUGAAGCAUGUGGGACGAAGGGGCCGUGGCCCAUUGGCUAGGGCGAACUGCUAGGGGUGUGUCAGCCAAGGAGAAACGUCAGAGGAGAAUCAGUGGUGGGUUCCUCCCAGUUCGGCCCGGUUCCGCUGAGCUGGUAGCAGUGACGAAAUGACGUCACCAAACCGGUUCUGCCUCACCCCCACCCACCCCCGCGUUAUUCUUACCUUUUAUUUGGCCCCACCUCCAAUCUAUUCGCUGCCUCCUGAGUCCCAGCUGAUGGGCUAUAAGGAAAAACUGUUUAAACUCUUGCCGUGGGCUUCAAAGUGCCGCCUUACAGCUGACCAGUGGUAAAAGGCAAUUUGGUAGUAGACCGGUGCCUCCAAAAACAAAUGAGUAGACCGGUGCCUGCAAAAAUACAUGAGUAGACCGGUGCCUGCAAAAAUAAAUGGGUAGACCAGUGCCUGCAAAAAUACAUGAGUAGACCAGUGCCUGCAAAAAUACAUGAGUAGACUAGUGCCUGCAAAAAUACAUGAGUAGACCGGUACAGUUCUGCAAGCAGUUAAAAGCCUGGUAGACCAGUACCUCUGCUAAAUUGUAAAGAAUUGUCACAUGACCAUCAAGCCAUGCCCACAAAAUAAGCCACGCCCACAGAACUGGUAGUAAAAAGAAAUUAGAACCCACCCCUGAGGAGAAUCGCCCGAGGAAUAACGCUGGGGGAGAAGAAGGCGUGGCCAAGGGUAGGAAACUAAAAGUCCUAGACCCUUACUGGGAGGGAGGGUGGUUGGGGGAAUGAGUGAGGAAGAGGAUGAGGAGAUGACUCUAGAUUCAAGAAAAGUGUCUUAAAUGAACAGCACACCCAUCAUCCCUUGUGGAAUUUGCCCCACACUUUUCCUCUUUAAGAGACAGAAAUUUUCUUUUUCUUUCCCGGGUUAGACAAAGAGACUUGCACAAAUGGAUGUUCCUAGAAAAGGGCUAUCACAGGUGGGUGUCAAGAGAGUUAUACUUAACACUUUCCUCCCUGAUUGCAUGAGGAACAAAAUCUCUCUCUCUCCUUCUCCUUCUCCUUCUCUCCUUCUCGCUUCCCUUCUUUCUCUCUUCCCUUCUUUCUCACUGUCCUCCUUUCCCUCUCUUUCUCUUUUUCUCUUUUCCAGGUGUACAAAUUUGGGAGCUCCUCAUUUUGAUUUCUUCUCCGCAACAAAGCUAACUUGGAACUGUCCAGUUCCUUUGGCAUGUGGUACUUUUAAGUGCUUGUAGGAUUAUAAUAUGCAGCUGUUGUGGCUUUUCUUCUUCUUUUUAAACACACACACAAACACACAAACACAACAUACAGACACACAAACUCUGAUCUUCUAUUUUUUUUUUUUUUAAACUUUAGGUUGCAAAAACUUUUUAGGAGUUUUGACCGACGAGUCACUUUAGAGAGAUGAGGCUGAAAACAGAGUUGUCUUUUGGGUACAAAUGGCUUUUGUCCAGUUGAUGAAAUGCUGUCAAACACAGGUACAGAUGGGGUUAGAGCUUGCGUCACAACGAUACAACACUGCUGUUGUCGCUUGCUCCCCCCUUGUUGGCCCCACACAGAGGAUGAAAAGUGCUUAACAGGAUAUCCCUAGUGAGAUCAAUCUAAUUUGAAGAGAAGAAUGGAAAAAGAAAAGAUGGAGAUAAAUAUUGGUAGGAUUCCCCCCUCGGCAAAGCAACGUUGGAAGAAUUUCCAGAUUUUCUUAAAAGUGAGUUAGUGGCAUUUUUGUAUUUCUGGUCAUGCAGAGGCUGUCAUUUUUCCAUACUUUUGUCUUAGUUCAUGGUUUCUCCAUGAGAAAACACCUUGUAUUUUGGAGAAACUACAUAGAUCAAUACUGGCAAAUAAUUCAUUUCCUCAUUCCCCUCCCCAACUGUCUUAAAAGAAUACUCCCUGCCAACAGAUUGGUACACUUUGCAUAUAUCGAUAUAUGGAUUUAUGAAAAACGGACCUGCCCAGAGGUGGGCUGCUGGGGGUUCGCAGGGGUUCGGGAGAACCUCUAGCUAAGAUUCUGUGCAGUUCGGAGAACCUCCAAAUCCCACUCUUGGCUGGCCACACCCACCAUGCCCCUCCCAGGAGUCCCCCACGUGGCCCGUUUUGGAUGCAGGUAAGUGCAGGGCAUGCAUGGAGGCUCGGGGAGGGCGAAAAUGCCUACCAGAAGUUUGAGAAGGCCAUAAAUGGGCCUGUUUCCAGCCUCCAGAGGGCCUCUGGAGCCUGGGGAGGCUGUUUUCGCCCUCCCAGAUGCUCGAGGAAAGCCUCCGGAGCCAGGGGAGGGCAAAAACGCCCCCACCCCCAUGGUGCAGGAGGCUGACUAGGCCACGCCCACCAUGGCCACGCCCACCCAGCAACUGGGCAGAGAACCCCUUGCUAAAAUUUUUGAAGGUCACCCCUGGACCUGCCCUAUUUUCAAGGUUCAUUUUUUGCAAACAUAAAGCCUUGAAAUACAAAAUGAAUCUCUCUGUUUGGAGGCAUUAAACUCUUUUUUUAAAAAAUGGCCAGCUGUGUUUCAAAAACCACUUUGCCACCCCAUUAGAAUAGCCUACACCCCUCCCCCCAAACUUGUCUGGGCUGUACAACCUUUCUUUUAUUAGAUUUAUAUACCGCCGUACUCCCGAAGGACUCAGGGCGGUGAACAGGCACAAAAUAAAAUACAUAAAUACAAAAGUUAAAAGAUAUAAGUAAAACCAGAUUAAAUAAUUUAGCCCAAGACAAUUAAAAAAUCCCAAUAAUUUAAAACAAAUUAAAAUUUCGAUGUAAAAGAAUUUUAAAACAGGGGAGAAAAUUAGGUCAGGCCAGCUUGCUGGAAUAGGAGGGUCUUAAGAGCACGGCAGAAAGUGCGUAGAUCCAGGAUCCUCCGUAUCUCUGGGGGGAGCUCGUUCCAGAUAGUGGGUGCCCCCACAGAGAAGGCCCUCCCCCUGGGGACCACCAGUCGACAUUGUUUAGCUGACAGCACCCGGAGGAGCCCCUCUCUAUGAGAGCAUACCGGCUGGUGGGAGGCUGCUUGUGGUAGUAGGCGGUCCCGUAAAUAACCAGGUCCUAAGCCAUGGAGCGCUCUAAAGGUGAUAACCAGAACCUUGAAGCGCACCCAGAAGAUCACCGGGAGCCAGUGCAGCUCACGCAGGAGAGGUGUCACACGGGAGCACCAUGUUGCUCCCAUAACCACCUGCGCGGCUGCACUCUGCGCCAGUUGGAGUCUCCGGGUGCUCCUCAAGGGGAGCCCCAUGUAGAGAGAAUCAUACCUAGAAUCUAGAACCUAGAAUCAUAGGACAAGGAAAGGACUGCAGAGAUCUUCUAGUCCAGGCAGGGGCCUUGUAUAACAAUUGUCAGAGUCUUUUUUUUGAAAACCUUCAGUGAUGGAGCAACCAGAACUCACAAUAUAAUGGUUGUUGGAAAACAAAACCUCUCAAGCCGUUAGUAGUUGCAUCCAACCCAGUUGGAUGAAGUAGAUUCGUUGAACAUUCAUUGUAUGGCCAACUUGUCCCCUUGUUUUCUGUGGGUGUGCCCCAACCAAAUUUGGAUUCUACCCAGUUUCCCACAGCUCCUUCGAAAUAACAAGGAGGUUAAUUAAGCAUCAGCUGCCCUUAACUAGUCCAUUGAAUCUGAUGCCUACAAAAACCAGUAGGUUAACUCAAACCCCUCAGUCUACCUGUUCAGCUAUGAUCUCCUCUGUGGUGCCCUGACUUGCAUGUCUUAUUUUUUAUUUAUUUUCUUGCUUAUGGCCUCAUUUUCUACUCCCUCGGCGAAUGCGUUAGACAGAAACCAAGCUGAGGAUGAUAGGUUUAGAUGCAAAGACAAUCAUUAGAAUUACCCAGCAUGCUUGCUAUUCAAUGACGUAGCCUUUCCUGCUUUCUGAGCUGCCCUCCGGUGAACAGUGCUGUUAGCCUCUAGCAGCGUUUCUCAACCUUGAAAAAUAUAUUGGACUUCAACUCCCAGAAUUCCACCAGGGUUGGCUGGGGAAUUCUGGGAGUUGGAAGUCCACACCUCUUCAAGAGGCCAAGGUUGAAGAACAAUGCUACACACACAAACAUAUAUAUACAUACAAACAGCAAUCCGUGCAUUAAUGCCUUUCUAUGGUCCUAUUUCUUCAUAGCUUCUAUGCGUGUAGCAUAACCUGGAGGAUUAGGGCAAAACAUACAACAUUUCCAAUGUGUGUUUUGAACAAACCCAGCAUCCGAUGUUCUGAACCAAUUGACAGAUAUAUAUAUAUAUGUAGGUCUUUGGUUAUUCGGGUCUUCUCCCACGUAAAAUUGGAAGUGUCUUGGCGACAUUUCGAUGAAGUCUCAUCACCAACGUCCAGUUUAUUCUGGAAUAAAUCAAAAUUCCAACCAGCACUUGGAUAAAUGAAACCUGGUUACUAAUGCCAAGUUAUUUCUCCCGGAUGCUAUUUUGUGUAACAAAUACCAAAACGAGUUCAGUAGUUUAAAAACAAUAGCUUAAAAAAAUUGGGUGAAAGGAUAUUGUUUCGAUCGUUUCCCCAACAGUUAAAUUUAAAGGGGUUUUGUAGCAUCACACAAAGAUCAUUGAGUGAUUAUAAAACCUGCCGUAAUUACUGUUAUUUUGGCACAACCAUGACUGAACAACUCUCGAAGAAAUUGAAAAUCAAGAGUAGGGACAUGGCUAUCGUCAGAGGCAUCCAACUGUUCUAUCUUUCUCAUUUUAACACAAGAUGACUCUUCCGCAUUUGAAGAAAUCAUAGUCCCAUUGUCCCCAGCAGAAAAAAACAAAAAUUAGAACAAAAUUCAGGACUCUUGAAUUUUGUACGGUCAUACUGGACAAAAAUGAUUUGCCAAAGGAUUUUAUUUUAUUUCAUUUUUUUUAUUCUGGGGAGUGGCAAGUUUCAGAAUGGCAAAUUUGAGACGACUUGAAAUGAAUGUUAAAUUCCUGAUACAACCCUAGAAACUGUAGUUGCGGGAGACUGCAGGUGAUCCUUGACCCAUAACCGCAAUAUUUCCGCUCCUCAGCAAGACAAUUGUGAAGUGAGCCACGCCCCAAUCGUAUUGCCUUUUUGCCACAGUCGUUCAAUCAAUCAAUGCAGUGGCUAAGUCCUUAAGCGAAGCCCGAUUUCCCCCAUUGACUUUGCUGGUUGGGAAGUGAUCACAUGACCCCCAGGAUAGGGCAACUGUCAUAAGUCCAUGCCAGUUGCCGAGCACCAAAUUUUGAUCAUCAUGUGACCAAGAGGAUGCUGCUGCAUUGGUCGCAAGUGAGAAACCCUAUCAUAAAUCAACUUUUUUUUCCCGUUGUCGGUGUAACUUUGGAACUAAACGAAGAGUUGUAAGUCAAGGAUGGCCUACCGCAACAAAACGCACCAUUUCUCCUCCCUUAAUCCUGAACAUUGUUUACAAAAUGUCAUUUCUAAAGUUCUUUGAUUCUUUGGUUUGGAGCCAUGAUAGUGAAAUGAACAUGACACUCGUUUUAGUUCGAGAUAACGUUGAUGUAUAGCUUGCAGGCUUUAGCAUUCGUUCCGCCUAAAAAUAAUCAUCUUUCUAAAUGCGUUGCUCUUUAUAAGAGUUGUUCUACAAAUUGCAGAUGUAGAGUUAGACAACAGCUGGUACCUAACGCUAUCCUCACUGCAAACAUUAAUUUUAUUAAUGCUUUAUCACAGCUUUCCCCCAAGAACUUGAAGUGUUGCUUGCUGAGAUCCUCCAUUCAUUUUAUUCCCAAAACUCCAGUCGACUUUCCUGCUUGCUGGAGCUUCUGAGGUUUUCAUCUAACAGAUUUAGAAGGCAUUGCAUUGCAGGUAAUCCUCGACUUAUGACCACGAUUGAGCCCAACAUUUCCAUCGCUAAGCCAGACAGCGAUUAAGUGAGUCUCACCCCAUUUUACGACCUUCCUUGCCAGAGUCGUUAAAUGGAUCACUGCAGUUGUUAAAUUAGUAACCCAGUUGUUCAGUGAAUCUGGCUUCCCCAUUGCGGUCAGGAGGUCACAAAAGCGGAUCAUGUGACAUCACCACCACCAUCCCAGGACACUGCAACCAUCAUAAAUAUGAGCCAGAGUUGCCCAAGUUUCUGAAUUUUGAUCACAAUGCUGCAAUGGUCGUAAAGGUGGAACAUGGUCAUCGCAACUCUCCUUUUUUCAGCACCGUUGUAACUUCGGAACGGUCGCUAAGCAGACUGUUGUAAGUUGAGGAUUACCUGAGCUUUUAUCCCGCUGAACCGUGUCAAAAAAAAAGUCCUAGUGGCUGCAGUCACCUAACGUGCUGAGCUUGGUUUGUGUUAACCUCGGUUAAGUGUGUGUGGGGGGGAGGUUGAUGUGGCUUUGUGUGGUGCGAACCCCGUUUAGUUAACGGUGCCGUGUAUUUUGCAGACCCAAAGAAUGGGUUAUUUCCCGUAACUCAGUUAAGCAUGGUUGUGUGGAUGCAGCCUCUGACUUCCUUGUUACCAAAAAGUGCCCCUAACAAUACAGGGUAGGAGCCUUAGCAAUUUGCUACCAGGAGCCAACAGCAAUUUGUCACAUAUGCAGACUGAAACAGGGUGACUUUGUUUAAUAGAGAUGUAUAUAGAAAUAUAUGUAUUCAAAGCUUAGUUUUCUAUGAAUCCUGCUGUAUCUUACCUGCCUGUAUGAAAUUCAACAUAUCCUGCCUGAGCAUAUUCAAUUUAUUGCUGGAUUGUAUCAGGAUUUAAUUUUCUCUGUC